CACGCUGUCAACUACAGUGAGGAGGAAAUCAAACUUGCUCACUACAUCUUUGCAGCUGACCUUCCGCUAAAAGAGGUCCUAGUCGAUACCAUGAUGAAAUCCUAUACGCGAAAGGCGCUAUGGUCCCUCUGCCCUAACUCCAAUGUUGAUGCUGAUGUAAUUACAGCAAUGACUUGCCACUUGACCCUGGACGAGAUUACGAGAGAUGCUGGCCGUGGGAGAAGAGUAUGUUUUCUGCCUUCUGAACUGCAGGAAAUGGUACUUAACUAUGGCAUGACACCGAAAAAGGCUUUAGAGUGUUACGGUACAAAGUUUCUCACAACAGCUCACACCUGCAGAAAGUUGUGUCUGCCAAUGAAGGAUAUCAUGUAUGGUGAUGAAAUUCAUUGGUAUUUAGUAGUCAUCUUGAUGGAUGACAAGCAAGUUCAUAUCUUGGAUUCAUAUCCUUCUAAAGAGCGCCAAACACCUCGCAAAGAUGCAGUACAAACUAUGAUUGGAUUUCUCGAUGCCUUGUUCGAGGAUCUUUAUUUACAAGUGGAACAAAUGUGCGAUCCCCCAGUGAUGAAGGAGUUCUCUUUGACAAUUCCUUCAGUUCCUGAACAACGUCACGAGUAUGACAGUGGCGUUUGGGUGUGCGUAUGGAUGAUGGGUGCAACUUGG